AUGGAAGCACGCCCAAAAGCACCGUCGACGGAAACAACCGUGACAGAGAUGACAACGUUGGAGAAGAUAUGGGGCAAACUGUUUAAGGAAGGCAAGCCAACCAAGAGACUAGGCCAGCUCUUACACAGCAUAGCAGUCCAUCUGGUAAGCAUGGAUGCCGUUGAUUGGAGGAAUUUCGCAGCUGACAGUGUGAAAGACCCCGGUGGUAUCCUCAAGGUGUCACAGUCACAUCAAAUGAGGAACAAACGCCUUCCUGAUGGAGCGGUGGGAUUGGGCUUCCACGAUGAUCACAAGAUGACGGGACAAACGAAGUGGGCUCCAAAAAGCCCAGCCACCACGUUCCGUGCCAAGGGAGUCCGGGGGCAACGCUCCCGAAAGCCCGAGAUAGAGCCAGGUGGUGUAUCCUAUCUAAAACUCCUUAACAAAUCCGAGGGUCUGGCCUAUAUGACGCCGGUAUCUCCAUGGUUCUAUACCAAUUUGCCCGGCUACGGCAAGAAUUGGCUUUGGCGCGGGGACCACCUUUGGCAUGAUCGCUAG